AUGAACGUGGAGGAAUAUUGGCACUUGAAGGCCCGUGAGGCGGUUGAAGAGCACCGUGGUCUGAUACAGUCGCAGCGAGACGAGAUUGAGCGGCUGCAACGCCGCUGCAACGAUCUCCUGCACGAACGAAGUAUGAUGCGGGCGGCGACGGCGGAGGAUGUCCGGCGUUUUUGUUUGGAGUAUCAACGAAAUCAGCUGCUACAACAAAUCGUGGCAGCCUCACCGUCAGGAGCGGGCGCAGCAGGCUCCUUAGCGGGUCGUCAGCCUGCGGCAUCGUCGACAGAUACCAUCCCGCUUCAUCUCUUGCUGCAGUUCUUGCAUCAGUACAGCGGCGGGAUGGUGCCGAUGUCGGAGAACAUUAAACGGAAGCGGUCACGGGAAACGAUGAACGGUGGGUGUGGGCCGAAAACCGUGAGCCAGCAACGUCUAGUUCAACGUGCAGUGGCGCGACGGAGACUACGGCUGCGGGAGGACGACACGAUAGAAGAACUGCAGCAGGAGCAUGACCAGCCGUACGAGCAGCGUCCAUGUGCGGAUGCAGCUCGGUAG